AUGCCUGCAAGCAAACGUCAGUAUCAGUGCGACUGCGAGAAACACUGUGGUGGCCGACAGAAGGUGGUUAGUCGGGCUACGUACUAUGGGCAUGCUGAGUUUCGCGCGAAGACAUCCCAAACAUUCGCGGACUUUGUAGCAGACCUCUCUGGUACACGCAUCUUCUCGCAUGCCGCUUCAUGGCCUUCCGAGGGGAACACAAGUCAAUUGCGAGGGAGAAAACGUGCUCGUGUGGAGAAUGAAAUCUACGAGAUGUCGGAACAGAUGGAGAGCUCGACAAUCGCACCUUCGUUUGAUGAACUUCCCGGGCCUGAUAUGGAUUGCGAAUCUCCUGGUCUUGGACCAAGUACAGAAACCUCCGAAUUUACACCUACAUGCACUCUCCACCUCGCACAUGAUCACAUCACCCUAUCCGAUGUUGAUGAGCAUGAGGAUGAAGACAUGGAUCCUGGGAGCAUAGCAGCCACCCGAGGGUCAGAGGAUGCCGCGUCUAGUUCUCAGACGCGAGACGACACACGUUCGGGACUUGGACCAGAGACGGAAUUGGAAGCAGACCGCACGGCAACGAUAGAGGAGAUCAAGAUAGCAGAGGAGUUUAUUCGUUUACUGAAGCAGGCUUCACUAGAGACUAGCGGGCUUGAUGCUAAUACCAUACAUCGCCUCCACCAUCCCAUCGAGGCCCCCCUUGAUAUCGACGAUCCCGAUCUGCUGCUAUCGAUUGAAAUAUUCCUCUCCGUGACUAACACAUCACAAGCGACAUACACAGCCGUGCGCGGUGCAAUCCUCCACCGUUACCCCGAGAAUACCAUCCUCACUUUUGACCAGGUGAAGAGCAAGAUUGCCGAGCUGAGCGGCGUAGUCCCCAUUAUCCAAGACAUGUGUGUCAACACAUGUCUAGCCUACACUGGUCCAUUCGCCGAGCUAGACCAGUGCCCGACAUGUGGAGAACCGCGCUAUGAUACUACGAGCAAUGGCAAGAAGCGCAUUGCUCGCCAAGAAUUUCACACCAUUCCAGUCGGUCCUCAGUUACAGGCUCUGUGGAGAUCUCGUGAAGGUGCUACGGCCAUGCGUCAUCGUAGUCGUCGCACACAUGAGAUUCUGGAGCGGCUUCGCGAGCAUAAUAACCAGCUGUACGAAUACGACGACGUAUACCACGGAUCUGCCUAUCUCAAAGCUGUUCUCGAGAAUCAGAUCAGCACCGACGACAUGGUCCUUCUUAUGUCGAUUGACGGUGCGCAGCUUUAUGAAAGCAAGGCCUCGGAUUGCUGGAUCUACAUCUGGGUAGUUCUAGAUCUAGCACCGGAGCUUCGUUACAAGAAGAAGCACGUCCUCCCUGGUGGUUUCAUACCCGGUCCGCAUAAACCCAAGAAUCUCGACUCCUUUCUGUUUCCUGGCCUUGGGCAUCUAAUGGCACUACAGAUAGCAGACACACUUCAAGAUCAAAUACACCUUUUCCAUCCACGCAAGGACAGAACACACCCAGUUGGGAGUUUUCUUCGCGCAGACCAUCAUUAUCUAUGCCAGGUAAUGCGGUCCCACAAACAAUCGCCAACGCAAACCAUGAAACUCUGUUGA